GAGUAAAGGAGGCGUUGCGUUCAUAUCAGCAGCAAACGCCUUGUAGAUGGUUAACCAGAUAAUUGCGAAGACUUCGCAGUGGGAAGAAGUAUCCGACGCCACUCGCUAGAACAUGUCCCUGUCCGGCUGGAUCUGUGUGGUCACGGGUGCCUCCAGAGGCAUUGGAAAAGGAAUAGCGCUGCAGCUUUCUGAGGCAGGCGCCACCGUCUACAUCACCGGACGCCAGGAAAAGACUCUUAAAGAAACAGCAGCACAGGUGAGCGAGCGGGGUGGAAAGUGUGUGCCCGUCAUCUGUGACUCGACCAAUGAUGGCGACAUUGAGAAACUGUUUGAACGCAUAAAAACGGAAGAGAGUGGCCGACUGGACCUUCUGGUCAACAAUGCAUACGCUGGAGUCCAGGCCAUCUUUGAGAACCACGGGAAAAAGUUCUGGGAGACCGACCCGUCUUUUUGGGACACCAUCAACAACACGGGCCUGAGAAGCCACUAUAUCGCUUCAGUGUACGCAUCCCGUUUGAUGGUGGCUCGGGGUCAGGGCUUGAUCGUCACCAUUUCAUCCAUGGGAGGCCUGCGAUAUCUCUUCAAUGUGCCAUACGGUGUUGGGAAAGCGGCGUGCGACCGCAUGGCCGUGGACAUGGCUUUGGAGCUUCGGAGCAGAGGGGUGGCAUCUGUCAGUCUCUGGCCUGGACCGGUCAAGACCGAGCAAAUAACUCAGUUUGUGCUUUCAGAUGAUGCGCCGCGGGAAGUAGAUUCCAAGACGAAGGAAUUGUUUGCUCAUGGAGAAAGCACUGAAUUUAGUGGGCUGUGCAUUGUCAACCUUGCUCAAGAUAAAAACCUGAUGUCACUGAGCGGGAAAAUUCUCAUGACCUGUGACCUGGCGAGGCGUUACGGGAUCCGAGAUGUCGACGGGCGGUGUGUGGACGACUUUACCUCCCUUAAGUUCCUGCUGACACAAGUUCCGUAUGUCUCCUGGCUCUCAUCUUUUGUCCCGUCUUUUAUAAGACUGCCCCGCUUUCUGCUCCCCUUGACAAGCAACCAUUUCUAACCAUAAGCUAGCGAGGCGUUGAAAACCUAUUUGUGACUAUUUUUGAAUCCAAUCACGACAAGUGUUUAUUGAAAUGAAAGACUCCGGGAAUUUUGAAU